CUUAGGGAGUCCUCCAUCCCCUGGAGGCUACUUUCCUCAUUCACCCACCCUGCCAACUCCAUGAUGGUCCUGUGGGUCCCUGUGGCCCCCUGGUUAGCAGCUCUGACGGUGUUGCUGAGCAGAGGGAUCCAGGGUGGGGCCCCUCCAGAGAACCACCUGCUGCGCGCGCUGCACGAGUGCUACGCAGAGAAGAACGGGACGCAGCAGCGCUACAUCAUGAGAUGCAUCUUCGACCGUGAGGAGUUCAUGCGCUUCGACAGCGCCGAGGGCGAGUUCCGCGCGCUCACCGCCAUGGGGCGGCCGUGGGCCGAGUCCUGGAACAGCCAGAAGGACUACAUGGAGCGACGGAGGGCCGAGGUGGACACGGUGUGCAGACACAACUACGAGCUGAACCAAGGCUUCACCGUGAAGCGCCAAGUCCAGCCUAGGGUACAGGUGUCACCCUCCAAGAAGGUCACCCUGCAGCACCAUGACCUGCUGGUCUGCCAUGUGACAGAUUUCUACCCAGGCAGCAUUCAAGUCCGCUGGUUCCGGAACAACCAGGAGGAAACUGCUGGGGUCGUGUCCACCAACCUGAUCCGAAACGGGGACUGGACCUUCCAGAUCCUGGUCAUGCUGGAGAUGACCCCUCAGCGGGGGGACGUCUACACCUGCCAUGUGGAGCACCCCAGCCUGCAGAGCCCCGUCACUGUGGAGUGGAAGGUCGGGUCUGACUCUGCCCGAAACAAGAUGCUGACGGGAAUGUGUGGCCUGGUGCUGGGACUCCUCUUCCUGGGGUCGGGCAUCAUCAUGCACCUGAGGAGCAAGAGGGCUCAGCCGAGAUCUCCAGGAUCGACAUGAGCAGGUAAGAUGCUGUGCCUGCCUAUUCAUGGUCAGAAUAUCUCAGGCCUGAACUCCCCUCUCAGGCCCAGCCACUGAGGGAGUGUGGGGAAGAGUGGGGUUCCCACCACCGAGGGAGGAAGCUGAGGUAAGUUGUCCUUACCAAGCUCACACUCAGUCUUUUUAAAGACUAUUUAUUUGGUUUUAUUUUGCGAGGAAGUGCCUGUACCCAUGUAUCUGUGCACCACCUGCAUGCCUGGUGCCUGCUGAGGCCAGCAGAGGGCGCCAGGUCCCUUAGAACUGGAGUCACAGAUGGCUGUGAGCCGCCAUGUGGGUGCUGGGAGCUGAACCUGGGUCCUCGGCCAGAGCAACAAGUGUUCUUAACUCCUGAGCCGUCUCUCCAGCUCCCAACACCACCUUAUGAGGUCAUAAUUUCUGUCCUGAGACUUGGAGGAGUUGUCAGAACCACAGUGACUUGUUUUCCCUCCACGGUACCUAGAACAAGGUUUGUUCUGUCACAGGCACACACACACACACACACACACACACACACACACAGACACACACACAUACACACACACACACACACACACACAGACACACAGAGAGAUACAC